AUGCAUCAGAACUUAGAACAUAAUCAUAUCAUUCAAUUCAAAGAAUACUUUUAAGGUGAACAAUAUUAUUAUAUUAUAAUGGAAUUAAUGGGAGGUUAAACAUUAUCAAAAUUAUUAGAGAGAAAUCUUAUUACAACACAUUAAUAAUGCAAAACUAUUAUUUAGGUAUUAUUUAAUUUAAAUGUAAGGCUCUUUUAUAAGCUUUGGUCUAUUUAAAGAAUGAAGGUAUUAUUCAUAGGGAUAUCAAACCUGCUAACAUUAUGUUUGCAUAAUCUGGAAAAUUAGAUACUUUAAAAUUAGUAGAUUUCAAUUUUGCUAUAAAAUAAUAUGAUACAAAUGUUUAAUCUAUAUUAGCUGGUAUGUAUACAGCUCCUGAAGCAUAAUAAGACAAUCCAAUCUAUAGUGAUAAAAUGGAUGUUUAUAGUUGUGGUGCAAUAUUGUAUAAAUUAUAUUCAGGAGAAGAUAUUCAUCCAUUUAGAUAUAUGCAAGAAUCUAAUGUGUUUUAUAAUGUAAUAAGAAAUGGUUCUAUAGAUUAUACAGUCUUGGAGAAAGCUAAUGUUCCUUAUAAAGCUAUUCAUUUAAUUAAAGCAAUGCUAGAAGUAGAUCAUAAUAAAAGAGUGAGUGCUCAAGAAGCAUUAUAAUUUGAAUACUUUUAAAAUGAAUCUCUAAGUCCAACUGAAAAGAGAUCACGCUUUUAAUAAAGAUAUCAAAAUGAUAGUCUCAAAAUUGGAGUAACUGCUGACUUUGAAAUUCUUAUGGAUUAAGAUGCUAAAUGUGCAAACAUAAGAAAAAUGGAGAUCCAUCAUCAUCAUUGA